AUGAGAACACUUUUAUCUCACGUUCCGAAACCAAGCAAGGCUGUGGUGAUUUUGUCAACUCUAGAUUUCAAUGACGAAGUAAACGCAAAUGGGAAAUCUAUCAUGAAUCUAUUUUAUAAUAAAACGAAAGGAGGUGUCGAUACUUUAGACCAACUUUUUCACACUUAUUCAGUUCAACGUCAAACGAAUCGCUGGCCACUAGCUACGUUCUAUAAUUUAAUCAACGCCGCUGGAAUUGCAGCUCAUAUUAUUUAUCAAAAUGUGAUGGGACAAAGUGAGCAACCUGUUGGUAAGCAAAGAAAGUGGUUCUUGGUCAAUUUGAGCGAACAGUUGGUCUACCAACAAAUAAAAGCUAGAAGCAAGGUGAGUUUACGCACUAAGCAUCGAUUAAGCAUUGAUUUGGUUCUUAAUGAAGCUUAA